UGGACCGUGACUUGAGAGUGCUUAAUGCUAUUAAAAGCAUUUUCCCAAAUGCAAAGCUUCUCCUUUGUUGGUUCCAUGUGCUUCAGGCUGUUAACCGGUGGCUUGUGAAGACAGAUGGAGGUCACCUGACACCUGAACAAAGAAAUGUGGUCAUUCAUGCCAUGGCAUCAAUGAAAGCAUGUCUGACGGAGGAAGAGUUUCUCAAUGUAUCUGCCAAGAAAUGCAGUGAGAUCGACACCUUUUUGGAUAGUCCCCAUGUAACAACCUAUCUGAAGACAAAUUGGUUUACCUAUGCGGAGCUGUGGGUAAACUUUGGCAGAACGUUCUAUCACUGCAGCAGUGAGACAAACAACAAGGCUGAAAGAUUCUUCCUUACGUUGAAAUACCAGUUCCUGCGAGGCCAGGCAAACCGAAGAGUCGACCAACUUCUGCUUUUGCUAUGUGGAGAUGUAGAAAAAUAUUACAGCUACAUGGAUGGCCUCAGCGAAGCAGGACGACUGACAUUAUCCAGCUCUACUGCUCACCAGGCUGCUGCGCUGCUAUUUAAAAAUGGUGUUGGCAAAGAUUUGGACAUAGAAGCGGGGCAGUGCUUUGUGCCGUCACAGUCGACCAACACAGCCUACAAAGUUAACUUGUUACACUUCACGUGUGAAUGCACCAAUUUCCGGAUGGGAAACAUAUGCAAACAUCUUCUCUUGGUGAAGAUGGAGGUAGGCAGGAGAGGUAUUGACAUUGAAAAAAUGCGGAAUAAAAAAAGCGCUAGAAAUCAUCAGCCUCCGUCUCUAUCAGCAGACUGAAGAUGAAAUAACCAUCUUCAAUAGUGAUGGGACUAUGAGUAUUGUGAAUAGGAAAACUCCGACUUUGUGCACAUGCAUUGCUAAUAGUUUUGGAGAAAGAUGUGUUUGCAUACAUGUCACGCAUGUCCUCGAGCCUCAAGACAUUCUCACAGACCCCAAAGAAAAUGCACCAGUGUCUGAAGCCUCCCAUGGGAAUCCUCCCAUACAGUCCAUGUUAUCAGACCUACUAGAGUGGAGCAAGUCCGAAGCAUUUGAACAUACCCCUGAACUGUACAAUACCAUCCAAAGAGCACACAAGCUGGCUUUUGGAAAAGUCACUGCUGUGUCCAGAAAAAGGAAAAUUACCC